GGUUGUUGCUAGGCGAUGUCGUUUUCUUUAUGGACCGUCGUUUUUUAGCCCGGGACCCCGUUUGUUGCUAAGGUUCCUUUGAUGCCGCAGAUUGUUGAUCGCGCGACUGUCGGUGCUCUCCGAGGGUGUUACACGUUUGCGUUAACGCCUCGGGACAUUGUGAAAGGCGCCUAAUAAGUGUGUUUUUUUAUUGUUCCAAGGGGAUGGUUGUUGGAUGGAACUUCGUUGCUAGGCACCGCCGUUGUGAAAAAUGCUCAGUUAGGUAACUUCUACGAUUGUCCGAAGCAGUUACUAUGGUUACCCGUUGCUAGGUUACGACGGUGCGUUGCUGCGGUGAUGUGUCGCUAGGCGUGUGCGCUGCGAGAGGGGGAGGGGCGUAGCGAGGCGCGACUCCCAUUGGUCGACGCGCGGGGCGCGAGGCAUUUGAACGCGACGCUUCCGCUUCCGGUGUGAGCGACUGCGAGAAACCGACUCCCUGCAACUACAUCAACAACAAACAACUACUAACAACAACUACUAACAACAGCAACGACAACAACAACAACAGCUACAACUACAAUAGUUACUAGAGCUGCUACACUACUAUCACAGCUACUAAUAACAUGCCAGAAACCGCAAUACGGGCAAACAGCGUUCAGCUGCGACAUUUGGAGUCGUUACUCGGACAGCGCGAACCACCAACAGCUGUGGACACAACAACAGCUGUGGACACAACAACAGCUGUGGACACAACAACAGCUGUGGACACAACAACAACAGCAGCAGCAGCUACAGCGCUGUCAUGAGCGCCUCCCCUCCCACGGUGGCGGAGCGUGGCCGGCAGAGACUCCGAGCCGAUGCCUGCGCUGGAGGAGAGGAGGUGGAGGAGGAGUGGGAGGAGGUCAACCGGUUACUGCGAGGACAGGGACUUGGCACCGUGCGUGUGUGGGGCUCCCGGCGACACGCCAACAGUGCCGGGGAUGACGUUGUGCUGGAUGCGUGUGAGCUGCGGCGCACGCUGCAGACGUUGCUUCGUGAUGCCGAGCGCCGGCAACACCUGAUCCAGGACUUGGUCCUCACCAACAACCGCCUCACUGCAGACCUGCGUGCACAGCAGGCGCGGGUGCAGAGUGCGGAGGAGCGGCUGCGGAAGCUCGAGCGAGCACAGGAGAGAGGCAGAAGCAGUAAACUGGGCAGCCCACAGGGGCCGUCGAUAAAGGAGCACACACAAAACCGGCGCCCGCGGGUCCUGGAGGGGGGGAGCAACCCUCGGGGGGGCAGCUCCUCCCCGCACGAGAGGAAGGGCACCGCCGUGACUCACGGCGCCGCACGGAGACGGAAUGAGGGAGAAGGGGAGCAUCCAGCAGUGAACGGCUGGGAAGACAAGGCCCUGACAGGAGCGCAGGGCCCUGCGUGGGGAGCGUCGCGUGCGGUGCUGGCGGGGCUGGUGAGCGCCGUGCAGCGGCUCUUUGAAGUUCGCUCCCUGGGUGGGGUGUACCCGCACCUGCACACCAUGUACAUGCGUCUUGGCGAGAUGAACAACGCCGUGCGCACGCUCAAGCAGCUGCUGUCCCUCGACGAGGCGGCGCCUGUAGGAGCGGUGGUGGACGCUGUCGGCCGGCUGUGCGUCAUGCCGGGCAAGCUGACAGUGCAGCCAGCGGUCUUCUCAGACCUCACCGGGGAGUAACUGCACAAGAGCCUGGCUUGAACUGUACGAGGAAUUUUUCCCAGCAUUCCAGCAGCUGGUGCAACAGCUCAAAGAUACUCUGGGGAUCGACAGCCUGGACGCCAUUUUGCCGACCGUUCAACGGUUAAAGGCGGAGUCGAGGGGCCGGCCUUCACGGUGACCACCACAGCCAGCGGCACAGCGCGGUGACCCAACAGCGUGAUCUGGUGACCCAACAACCAGACGUGGUGACCCAGCCGCAUGACCCAAUAGCCCAGAAACCUCACACCCGGUGACCACUGAGCAUGAUCAGCAGUAUUACCCAACGGCCUGGCAACCUCACUCGGUGACCCAGCAGCUUGGCCUGGCGACCCAGGAUAAAUAACCGAAUGACUCAGGAACGUGGCCUAGUGACCCAGAAACCAGUUACUAUCAAGCAGGAUGAAGCACCACUUCAUGAGCCAUUUCUGGCUCUUCGUAUCCCUGAGCACCGAUAAGCGAGCAGGCUGUGCGUGCGUUAUCAGGUUGUAGUGCAUGACAGGGCAGUUUAAAAUAGAAUUGUGUAAAGGCUAAUAGAAAAAAUAAGUUAGCCUCACUGCUUGUAAGUGUGAUUUUUUUGAUAAUCAGUCUUCCAUGCUAAUAAUUUGUCUGUAAUUGUUUAAAGCAGGAAAAUUAGUUUGGACUAGUUUCUGCCUUUGUAUCAGGCCUGUUUAACAUAUGCUGCUGUAUUCCAGAUAGUAUUGGUAAAAACCAUCCACUUAAGCUAUUGGGCCUGUUUGGUGCAAAACUGCAACAUUGUAAAAAUCAUAAUGCAUUGUUGCAAACAUUAAAUUGGGCAUUUGGUUAAAUAUUGCUGGAAAACAUUAUGCCUGAAGGGCGGACACUGAUAAACUCAAACAUAUUUUAUGUAGGGAAAUGGACAUUGGUCCAUUAAUUUGUUUUAUUUUAAAGCCUUCAAAACUAUAUUAUGAACUGUUUAUUUUAGAGCUGGGCUAUUUGUUUACAACAUUUAUUGAUUACCGAUUAUCAGAUCAAUUGGUCGACUCAUUGGAUAACACGAAAAUAGUUGGGGGGAAAAAAAUCUCACCUUUGUUACCACGUGUGCCACUGGAUGUGAGGUGAUGGGCAGGGCUUGGUAAUGCAAUCAUCAGCUGUGCAUAGCUUGGAUGAGAUUCUUGCCUUCCGGAUUUUUGGGCAGUCGCUAUUUUUAAAAGAGCCUUCGUCGUCGACCAUGACAAAACUAGUCGCUUCUAAAUUUUAGUUGAUUAGUGAACUUAAUUGAUUAAUUGUCCUAGCUCCGGUUUAGUUUUAAAUGCUGCAACUGUAGAGAUUGGUCGUGAGGGAGUUUAGGUGAUGGGUUGUCUUGACACUAGCCAUUCUCAUGUUGGCGACGAGUGUGUUAAGGGAAUUAGGCUGGUGUGAUGAGCAGCAUACCGCUGGGACACCCUGGGAGGAGCCUGGCAUGAUACGUUUUAAUACACUGGAGUGAAAGGAUAUAAUAAAGUCUUCUGUGACAUGCGGCAAUAAUGCAACACCCUGGCGAGGCAUAUAAACAUAUCUCCACGGACAAUUUAACCGUGUUGUGUUUGUUGCUCUGACAAAAGGAAGCUUGAAAUAUUUGUUAGUACAUCUUGCGUGUCAUUUUUAUUGUUAGAAUAAUGUAAAUAAGCAACGUAUGGGAAUAUCAUUUGAGACGUGAGAUGUAAAUGUUUUGCUUGUGUAUGAAGGUGUCAUUUAAUUUAUUUAUCCAGGAAAAGUCUUAUCGAUUGUUAAGAUACUCUUUCAAGAGGAUCUGUUUUGGAAUGUUUGUAAAAUUUCACUUUAAGGGAUGGUUUGCACGUGGGAGGAAACCAUCAGUUUGUCAACACAGAAAGGCAAUUUACAGUCGAAUGUAUGCACAAGUAGAGUUAUAUUCUUGGUUCUUUCGGUAAAGUCACGUAGAA